AUGAUAAGAAAGCAGAUUCUAUUUGGCUUGUUUCUUGGCCAGUUUGUGUCUUUAGCCAUAUUCGGGACCUCAAUAACAAGCGAAUAUUUGCAAGAAAAAAAUUUUAAUGUUCCUUUAACUCAAAAUGUUUUCUUUUAUUUGAUCAUAUCAAUUUUUACAUGUUCAUACAGUCUCUACAAAAAGUUAAAUUCAAAAAUUUGGAUUGUUUUUAAGUAAGUUUGGUCUCAAACCCUAAGAGAAAAUUGGAUAGCUUUUUUACUAGUUUCAGUAACAGACGUCGAAGGCAAUUAUUUGGUAGUGAAAGCCUACAGUAAUGCAAAUAUAACAAACAUCCAAUUAAAUAUAAAAUUUUAUGGUAUUUCUAAUGUCAUCCAAGAAUAUAUUGUCAAGACUACUAAUACGCUACAAUUCAUGACAAUUUUUAGCACAUUUGGGUUACUUAUAACAGCCGCACAAAUGGUAUAUAUAUCUAAUGCCAGGGGUAUUUUAGAGUAUGAAACACUUAAAAAAGUGCCCUUCAAUGGAUAUAUUGGAGGGGCGAUUGUCGGAUAUACCAGUUGUAUGAUCUUUAUAUAUUCUCUUGUACCUUACGUAAUGAAAUACAGCGGAGCUUUGAUGUUAAAUAUAGGUGUAUUGUCGUCGGAUAUAUUUACGCAUAUCUAUGGGUAUAUACGACUUCAUUAUAAAGAUAAAUUAAUUCCAACUCUUUCAAAAAGAUUCAAAGAAUAA